GCGUCGCGCUUUCAUUGACGCGGCGACGCGCGCACGCGGCGUUUCGGUCUCCGGCUAACUUCACGACUCUCCAGCGGUUACUCACUCUCCGUCCGUACUCGAGCGAGUUCGCGUCGGUCUGACGAUAUCUCGGAGCCGAAUCCUCGCGUUUUAUCAAUCCCACGACCCGGGUGGUUCGACUGGGUUGCUUUCUUCCCCGGAAAAGACAGAGAGAGCACAGCGAGGGAGAUUAGAACCCCAGCCCCGCUCUUCUUCCGGACAAAUCUAAAGAAGGGGAACCUCGAGGGCGAUUCUUGCUCUCUUCAAGUUCGAAGGACCAACGAAGAGAGGCAUGGCGAGACAACAGACCGUGGACCGAAACAUCCCUCAUCUGCGGGACAUCUUCAGCUUCGGCAACAAAUGGGACGCACGUGGCCACGCCGAGGAGAAGGCGCACGACAGCGCGGUUUCGGUGGGUUCUACAUCAGGUGAGGAAGAGAGCCCGAAGAACAGCAAGAAGAAGAAGUCCCGUCGCCGGGACAACAGCAAGACGCUGACGGAAAGUGACGUUAAACACCUGGAGCGGCACCUGUCGAUGAAGAAGACCAUACGCAAGAAGAUCAUGCGGGAUCUGCAGCAGGCCUUCGUCGAGGACCCGAACGAGUUUCGCGUCGACGACAUACCGCCGGAGCAGCUCAAGGCGGAGAUCAAUAUCCAGAGCCUGAGCUUCGGCACGCCGUCCCAGAAGCAGGGACGCACGCGUGGCAACGCCGAGAGCACGUUCCUCGACAUGUUGCGCGGUGGCGGUUUGGAGAAGAACGGAACGGACGGGGAUCGGGAUUCGGGACAUGGAGGUUCGCCGACGAGGGAGACGCCCAGUGCCCAGGAUACGGACGACGAGUCCAGCUAUGGGUACGAGGCUCCGGCCGCGACACCCACGAAAAAGAGCGGCAAUUUCUGGAGACGUUUUACGAUGAAAAAUCGCAAUAAACGAUAAAUCCCCAAGCUUCGGUUUAAACCCCGAGAGCAACGAACGUGAAGAGAGUCGCGUACCGAUACUUUAUAUUCUCCGUCAUCUCGAUCAUUUUUACCAGCGUAGUUAACGAAGCAGAGCUUGCAACUGUGAUAUACAUAUGAAAACCAAUUCAUCUCCAUCUCUACCCUCGUCCACCCCCAUCCGUUCCGUUCCCGUACCGAGACGAUUCUUCUGCCGAAUUUUAAGAGGUUCCCGAAAUUUAAUCGCACAAGACCGAGGACCAAUCGACGCUGUACAAAUUUCGGAUCUAAGCGCAUAAGUUUUUAUACCAUACGUCAAAAGACGCGCACACCUUUUUGGACCAGCAUUUUUAUUACGACAUAUCACGAGAGAUGUUAUAAUCAAUGCCGAGGUCGAAGAGAAGAGAAAGACACAGGUAUAUAUCAUUUAUAUUUACCCUUUUUAAAUUCUAAAAUAAGAAGAAGUGAUCUAAGAAUUUAGAAAAUGCAAAAAUGGAGCGUGUACUUAAUCUUUAUUUUGAAAAAAAGAAAGAUAAAAAUUUCCUUGUGUUCAAAUCCCUCGAUUCCUCAUAAGUAUCCUAGUAAAGGUAUUGAAAGAAAAGCACUCUGCAAAUACAAAUUUUUAGCUGCGUUUUUUUUUUUUUUUUUUUAAAUAUUUAAAACGGAAUUGACAGAUUCAAACUUCGAAGAGAAAGGGAGAAGGAAAAGGAGGAAUUAAAGAGUAGAAAAAAUGCAAUCGGAAAACGAACAAAUUUAUAUAAGGAUGGUUCGAACAAUUCCGCUGUACAUAUAUACUCUCUUCGAAAUAUAUCGGGGGAACUUCUUAAAACUCUCGAAACGCGUAACGAUCAAUGUGUGCCCGGUAAUAUAUAUAACUCCCAUCUUCUGACACGUACUUAAAGAAAACGUAGGAAUAAAAAAAAAAAAAAACGAAGGCAGCGACACGGAAAUAUACACGUGUGUAGUAUUUAAGAGUUUAGCUAGUUUUAUUUUUUCUUAAAGAAUAAGCAAGAACGCGGAGAAGGCGCGAAUUGUAGGUGAUCGGUAUUAAGCGUAAAAGAGAUACGUGCCGAUUAGGUAUUAGCUAGUCAACAUCGUUAAGAUUCGUAUAUCCGAAAGAGAGACCCGGUCGAUUUUCUUACUAGCAAAAAUCGGAUUUGAUAUCGGCUUCUUUUGUAACACAAAACUCGAAAGUAUAUUUUUUAACUCUUUUUUACCAGUUCGAAAAUUUUACAAUCUUAGGAUUUCAAUCGAAAAAAAAUUCAUACGUAUCACCCACACACGUAAGGAACUUGGUGGAAUUAUAUCGUUUAAGUAUUCGCAUUUUUCGUUAUACACUUGAACUUCAAAUUAUAUUGGUGUUUAUCGAAAUGUUAUUGUUCCUAUCGUUUCUUCGAGAUAUCUCUCGCUAGUAUUAUAGACAUUGUCAUUCACGAUAACAGUUUAUACAUUCUCACUUGUAUCGACUGUUGUAUCCCUCCCAUUCUUUAUUACGAUAAUAAUAAUAAUUAAUUAUUAUUAUUCCUUUUAUAAUAUUAACUGCAACGCUAUAUAUUAUAAGCUUUAAAUGUAUCAUAUUCAAAGUCCACGUCGUUAUAAGAGCAGCAAUAUACUCGAAUAAAAGUUUCAUGGACAUUA